UCCACUUGCACGGCGGGAUUAAGUCGACUAACAGCGCAGCAACCUGAACCAACCCGACCUUUGGUCAUCACAACCACAGCUCGCUCUCGUGGACCAAUGCCUUGUCCCUACACUCGCUAACCUCCAGUUAUCUGCGUAUCCUAAGGAAGUCCACCUUGAGACUCCAUCGACGUGUUUUCCGCAUUGCGACUUGGCGUCAACCCGGCAUCAUCGUCAUUCUCCUCGGGCACUAUCACCAGUACGAAAAAGAGCUGGCACGCGAGAACGCGAUAGCCUAGUUUUCUCUCAAUUGCGAACUGGCAUCCGCUCGGACACACUCUCGACUCGAUCCCCCAAGACAAACAAUUCUCGAAUCCUCCGCAAAACGUCAUCCUCGAAUCGCCAAUGUCCUCAUUUUCAGGACCACCGGUCUCGAAGCCAUGGGAUGGCACAAAAGAAUGGCUCUCACAACCGGUAGUGGCAUCUUUCAUUGCCGGCGGUAUGGCCGGCGCUGUGUCGCGAACCGUCGUCUCACCGCUUGAGCGCCUGAAGAUUCUCUUCCAGAUUCAAAGUGUCGGACGCGAAGAAUACAAAAUGUCGAUAGGCAAGGCGCUGGGGAAGAUGUGGCGUGAAGAAGGCUUCCGUGGGUUCAUGGCAGGAAACGGCACAAACUGCAUUCGCAUUGUACCGUACUCGGCUGUGCAGUUUGGAAGUUAUAAUUUCUACAAGAGGUUCUUUGAGGACACACCUGGUGCACCUCUUGGUGCUCUGCAGCGUUUGUCAUGUGGUGCGAUCGCUGGUAUUACCUCCGUGACCUUCACCUACCCUCUGGACAUCGUUCGAACACGACUCUCCAUCCAAUCGGCCUCGUUUGCAGGCUUAGAAAAAGCAGAAGCCGGAAAGAAGCUACCGGGCAUGUGGCCGACAUUGAUUAAAAUGUACAAGACAGAAGGUGGCUUCUGGGCUCUCUAUCGUGGCAUCGUGCCAACAGUUGCUGGAGUAGCGCCAUAUGUUGGAUUGAACUUCAUGGUCUACGAGUCUGUCCGCGAAGCCUUCACACCAGAAGGCUCAGACAAUCCUGGAUCGAUUGGAAAAUUAGGUGCUGGUGCCAUCUCGGGAGCCGUUGCACAAACAUGCACAUACCCUUUUGACUUGCUUCGCCGAAGGUUCCAGAUCAACACCAUGUCAGGAAUGGGCUACCAAUACAAAUCAAUCUUCGAUGCCGUCAGAGUCAUCGUCAAGCACGAAGGUAUCAAGGGUCUGUACAAAGGCAUCACACCCAACCUUCUCAAGGUCGCCCCUAGUAUGGCCAGCAGUUGGCUCAGCUUCGAGCUCACACGCGACUUCCUCGUCGGCUUGAAACCCGAAGUAUAAAACCAACAUACCGACAUCUCCUUUGUCAUAUUUUCUCAGCCGUCUAUACGACUUAUUGGGUCUAGAAGGAAGGGUAAAUUACAAAAUGCACGAUGAAAACGAUUGCAAUACUCUAUAGUUCUGUCCUUUCUUUUGUUCAUUGCAGA